UGCCAAGCAGCGGAGCCCCCAUCUAACGGGCCUCGUUAUCACGAUCCUUUCAAAGGAAUCGCAGCCGCGUAAACCGAAGGGAAGCCGAAGAGAUCUCAAAUUUGUAUUUUCUGUAAAACAAGAAAAGAAUAAAAUUAAUCGAAUCGGAUUCGUGGGAUCUGUCGGUAGCCGCAGUUACCCGGGGCAAGAUAAUAAAAGGGAGAACAAAGAGAUACUCCAUACUAAAUACAUCAGUGUACUAAUAUGUCGUACACAGAGAGCAGAGGAUAAAUGACGAUAAAUUAAAAGAUUUAAUAUCUAAAGGAAUAAUUCUUUUACCGGGUGCCGUGUUAAGAAGUUCUUCCUGUUCUCGAGCUUGUGAAAUACUUUUCACCAGAACUCUUGGAAACGUCAGACUUUUGUCUUCUCUGUGUCAAUCAGAUAAAGAGUGUCGUUAGAUUUUCCUGUUAACGAUCCUCUCGGUCGAUUAUCGUUUUACAAAAUGAAGCCACCUGCAUACAAUACCGCGGAGGUUCAGCAGAUCUCCCAGGAACAGGGAGAGAGGAACGUAGCCAUGGCCGUGUGUGUACAAUUGGCGGGUCGAGCGAUUAUACGUGUGGUUUCCAGAUGCGAGGAAGCCCAGGACAAUUGUAAUUUAGAUUUGUCUGAGUGUCAAUUAAUGCAAGUACCGGACGCAGUCUAUCAUUUGAUGAGACACACGGAAUUAAAGAGAUGCGACCUGUCGGGAAACGUUAUUACAAAAAUCCCACCAAAAUUCGCAGUGAAGUUCUCGCUGAUUACAGAACUCAACCUGAGUCACAAUCAAAUGUGCAAACUCCCCGAGGAACUCGCCGAGCUCCAGGCUCUGGAGAUGCUGGACAUUUCACACAAUACCUAUAUCGCCUUACCAUCUGUAACCUUCCGGAUACCUCAGCUGAAGCAGCUCUUGGCUAACAACAACUCCAUCAUCGAGGUUGACGUCGAGAGGUUGAAGCUUGCGCCAGCACUAGAAUUCGUCGAUCUCCAAGAGAAUCCAUUGACGCCACGAGUUCACGACGCCCUGAGUUCCGUGACGCUCAUCAAAAUCGAAAUGACGCCUCGCGAGGCAGAGGAAUGGGAAGACCUAACCGUCUGAGAUAUCCUCGGCAAAGACUGUGAGAUCCUAAGAGGGAUAGGAAAGUAAGGAAUUUCCCUGAAGAAAAAGGAUCGUCGGCGUCGUCAUCGUCAAUCGUUCGUGCUGACGGUGCAGACACCUAAAAACGACGUCCCGUCUUCGCUCGACUGAGGUUGCUCAAGACUUCGCGAGACGUUCGCGUCGCGCGAAUCAUAUAGAAGAAAGAAAAAAUAAAUAAAAACCUAGUAUUUUGUACAGUGAGAAUAGACUGAACUGACACACACGUGGCAUACGACGACGGUGCGGGACAAUCGCCAAAGUGAUCAAUCGUAUCUCUAAUUACCUAUUAUUACUAAUUAAUGUACUUAAAUGAGAGUCCACUCGCCUGCUAAGCCCUAAAUUGUUAUCAAGUAUUAUUCGCGAGAAGUCAAUUCUACCGGUGUGACGUUGUGUAUCACUUCCGGUGACGUAGUUUACCUCCGGUGACGCAUCGCCCCGAGGAACUCGGUACGGUUUUACGACCGAGAUUUAUGCGCUAUGGCUUUCUUUUCUUUUUAAUUUUAUUAUAAUUUUUUUUCUACCUUUUUACAAGGCAUUUUAACGGUCUCACGAGUGUGAAAAAAAAACCUUUUAUCUCGUCUUAUCGAACAAAGUCUUCUCUGUUUUUCUUUUUCGUAGCUAGAGUUCCUCGCGAAUUCACUGGCUGAAUUAACAAGAUAGCGAGGUAACGCGAGGUGUAUGUGAAUUCGCCUUAAGUAAAAUCUACUGUAUAUUGUUGCAACAGUAUUCUCGGAGCGGGUGUGUAACACGUAAUAUAAAUUAACGAACCGUAAGAUGCUAACGAUGCUCCUGCUUUUUUUUUCUCUUGUAAUUUGCCUAACUUGAACAUCUUUUCAUUUAUACGUAAAACGGAAUUCUUCUGAAUUUCCUGGUUUUCUUUUUUAACCUUGAAUUUACUUCAAUUGCUAUGAAACAAUUGUUAAUGUAACUCCGUGCGAUAAUAUCCGUGUUUGUUCAUCUAAUAAGUACGACUGCCAGUGUUCGUUGAUUUUUUGUUGUCGAUUUCAUGUACCAAUGAAACAACGACGACGUCGAAAUAAUCAAGUUUUGUAAAAGAAAUACGAACAAACGUAAUCGUCCAUGAUACGAUUACAGCGAUACAAUAAUAAGCAUUUUUUUGUGAUUUUGGAUUACGCUAAAUAGGCUGUUCGUAUUACGUUUUAUAUAUAUAUGUGUAUUUUUGAAGCUCCAACAAUUUUAAAAGUCCCAUUGUAUUUCAUUUGUACACGUAUCUCCAGGCGUGUAUGUAUAUAAGACGCAGGACGAGAGCGCGCGAUAAAAAAGUUAAAAAAAAAAAAAAGAAUUAGAAAAAAUAAUAGAACAAGUAGAAAACGAGGAAUUGUAUCCUAAACUCGAUUAAGCCUUGUAUUAUUCUGUAUUUUUCUCUCUCUUUUAGUUUUGUUUUCUUUCGAUCUAGUCAAUUGUCCAUAAUGGGACGUUGCAAUACACUUUGCGAAAAAAAAAAAAAAGAAUACGACGAGAAACAACAAACCAAUUACGCUUACUUUCCGCAAUCCCUUUCGCACAUCUUAUGCGUUAUUUAUAAUAAUUACAGCUUUACAGAUGGAGUCGCGUGUCCCGUGAUUUUUGACAGUGAAGAUAAAUGGGUCGUGCGACAAUAUCGAAAACAAGAAGAACAACGUGCCAAUGGAUACGCGCCAAGAAAAGUGAAAUUAACGUGAUAACUCUCGUUGUCGGAAAAACAAAAGAAAAAAGAAAAUUUUUAAUUAAAGGGUGAAGCCCACAAAAUGGCGUUGGGAUCUUGACUACUGCUAGACACGGGUUCUUUCGUGAAAUAUGAACUCGACCGUAUAUCGUAAUAGCGAUCGUGCACUAAAUAAAAAUGAGUUACAUUGGUUUAGUAUAUUUUCUCAAUAUUAAUAAUUAAUAAUUAAAUGUAUAAUGAGUCGCAGAGUUAAUUAUCUACAAUACUUGUCAAUGGAUAUAAAAUCACAAAAUAUACAUAGAAUGGACACGUUCAAUUUUAA